AUGGCUUCUACUAUGGCCGCAAAUGCAACCAGCGUACACAACGCACGAUCAAACCGGGCUUCCAACAUGAGUUCAUCCGGGAUGAACGAUCGCAACCGCGGAUCUCAGAGCAACAGUGUCGGUAAGGGUUUCGGGGCUAGUAAGGCUAGCUGGAAGAACAACAUCUGGGGCGAUUCCAACCUGGGAGGAUUCGGAGAUGAUCAACAUCUCAGUGAGACUGCAUUCGAAGGGAAGUCAGGAUCGGGUUCCCUCCUUUCUACAUCAGAGUCGGAUGGCUGGUCAGGACGUGCCAACCUACCCUGGAGCACUGUCAACGCGAACACCUCCUUCCAAAACAGAGGGCUUGCCACAUCCCCUACUCAGACCCGUGCCAAUGACCGCAGUGCUCCUGCUAUCAACGAAGCUAGUGAUAGCUCUUACUUUGCCCUACCCCGCACCACCGGCAUCAACACCGCUGCUGGUACCGCUAGCCACCGCCCCUACCUCAAUUCUGGAUCGGAAGGCGUGUCCCCAUCCGGAGAUGGCAUCUCCUUCGGUAGUUUUGCUGGCCGACGACAGAUGAACACGACUGGUCUCGGUGGCAGCCCUGUAGGAGCGACUUUCCCUGUGAAGACUGGCUUCGCGAACCCACUCGAUGGUGCGAGUGGGGAUGUCAUAGGUGCCUCAAUGGGCAUGGCAUCAUUGGGAUCCGGAAUUGGCGAGCAUGUGUCUCCGCCCCAGGGUCGCAGCGCACUGUCUCACGCCUCUCACAACUCCGCUUCGUUCGCCACCCAACGUCCCGCCCACUCCGCUCAUCCAUCCUUCUACUCCGACAAUCACAGCAUCGAUGGCCGCUACACCGAUCUGAACGCCGGCUUCAACAAGCUGCAGCUCAACGAAGCCAACUUCGCAUCCCAAGGCGCCCAGCGACCCUCGUUUAUUCCUCAUGCAUCCUUCGAUGGUACCUUCCCACGCGGGAAGUAUCAGAAUAAUGAAGCCGCUUACCAGGCACUUGGAUACACCGCAGAGGCUGCACAGGAGCUGCAACUUGCUUACCAGGCACGAUCCAGAGCUGCGAAUACCGGAUCUAUCUCACCCUCGGACUAUGCUCGCAUGGACAGCCCAAUCUACACCGGAGUUGAUGGGGCGUCUGGGCAGUUCCGCAAUGCAGGUGCAAAUGAAAGCCAAGCGGCAGCAUUUGAACGCCGGCUUCGAAACUUCCAAGAGCAGGAGCUCGCUCAAGGUUCCGGGCGGAUGCAGUACCCUCCUUCCUACGAUUUCCAAGCUUACCAGGCUUCUCGUUUGAAUGCCCUUUCCGGAUUCUACCCAGUUAGUCAUCUUAGUGGUCUUGGUGCCGCUGCUCUGGUGUCGCGGACUCAGCGCGAGCACGACCCUACCCAGGUCGUCCGCAGCCCACUCCUAGAAGAGUUCAGGGCCAACAGCAAGGGAAACAAGCGCUACGAAUUGAAGGACAUCUACAACCAUGUGGUUGAGUUCAGUGGUGACCAGCAUGGCUCUCGCUUCAUCCAACAAAAGCUUGAGACCGCGAAUAGCGAUGAGAAGGAACAGGUGUUCCGCGAAAUCCAGCCCAACUGUCUUCAGUUGAUGACAGAUGUCUUUGGUAACUACGUUGUUCAGAAGUUGUUCGAGCACGGUAACCAAACCCAGAAGAAGAUCCUGGCCAAUCAGAUGCGUGGCCAUGUUCUCGCCCUGUCGACCCAGAUGUACGGAUGCCGAGUGGUCCAGAAAGCCCUGGAGCACAUCCUGACCGACCAGCAAGCUGCGAUGGUCAAGGAACUUGAGAACCAUGUCCUCAAGUGUGUUCGUGACCAGAAUGGCAACCACGUAAUCCAGAAAGCCAUUGAGCGUGUUCCUUCGCAAUAUGUCCAGUUCAUUAUCAAUGCCUUCCGCGGCCAGGUCAACAGACUUGCCGCUCAUCCUUAUGGUUGCCGUGUGAUUCAGAGAAUGCUCGAGCACUGCGAGGAGGUCGACCGGCAGUCUAUUUUGGCCGAGCUUCACGCUUGCACUUCCAAUCUGAUCCCUGAUCAGUUUGGCAACUAUGUCAUCCAGCACGUUAUUGAGAACGGCGAUGAGAAGGACCGCACUCGCAUGAUCGACAUUGUUAUGGGACAGCUCCUUGCCUACUCCAAGCACAAGUUUGCUAGCAACGUUGUUGAGAAGAGCAUUGAGUUUGGUGCGGAGCAUGAGCGUAUCCACAUCAUCAGCACCCUAACCUCUACCAACGACCGCGGCGAGAGCCCCCUUCUUGGUCUCAUGCGUGACCAGUAUGGCAACUAUGUCAUUCAGAAAGUCCUGGGACAACUGAAAGAUGCUGAGCGUGAAGCCCUCAUCGACCAGAUCAAGCCCCUUCUCAGCCAGCUGAAGAAGUUCAGCUAUGGCAAGCAGAUUGUCGCCAUCGAGAAGCUCAUUUUUGACCCCAACUCUCCUGCGACUGGCCCUCUGUCCAACACCACCUCGACCACCCCCCUCACUCCCACAAAUCUUCACCUCAACCCGUCAAGCGCUCAAUCCCUACCGAGCAGCCCCGGGCCCCUUUCGUGGACCACCGUCGAUACCACCCUCGAGUCGAAGAGCCUUGCCAAGAGCACAGUGACCUCGGUUUCGAGUCCCGAGACAGGCAACACCGGUGUUACCGUCCCGGUCGAUGUCACUAGUGCUCACUAA